CCCCCGGCGCGGCCGCCCGCCCGGCCGCCCCCAUGGCCACCAAAAUCGACAAGGAGGCGUGCAGGGAGGCGUACAACCUCGUCAGGGACGAUGCCACCGACGUGAACUGGGUGACUUUUAAAUACAAUGGCUCUACAAUCGUCCCUGGAGACCAAGGGGUAGACUAUGAAACCUUUAAAAGGAAGUGCACAGAUGAUGUUCGAUUGUUUGGCUUUGUCCGAUUCACCACUGGCGAUGCCAUGAGCAAGCGAGUCAAGUUUGCCCUCAUCACUUGGAUUGGAGAGGAUGUCAGUGGCCUGCAGAGAGCCAAAACUGGGACCGACAAGACUCUGGUCAAAGAAGUAGUACAGAACUUUGCCAAAGAAUUUGUGAUCAGUGACCACAAAGAGCUGGAUGAGGAUUACAUCAAGAAUGAGCUGAAGAAAGCAGGGGGGGCUAAUUAUGAUGCACAGACUGAGUAAACGCACGAACCUCCUGGCACCAUCACCUGGAUCUCAAAGGGAGGGGAAAGGCACAACAAACUAACACAACUGAGAGAUGAGGCAACUGAAAUCCCCAGCUUUCUGUGUGUGCACCUAAGAACUCCCUUCCUUUGCAUACAGCGGACUUUUAUUUUCCAUUCCAUCUCAUGAAACGUCUCUCUCUGGGGUUCUGGGUUUUUCUUCCCCCCCAUUUUUUUACUCAUAACUCUGUCCAUGUUCUCGCAUCUGUGGAAUUUAGGUUUGGCUCUGCUUUGGUCCUAUUCAGCAUUGUAUUCGUAGAAGCUUGCCAUUGUGUCCUUCUUCGUAUGCAUGCAUGUCUGUGUGUUUUAGUUGGGCUCAACCUGGUCUCUGAGGGGAGAAAGUUCUGGGGGAGUUCUGAACAUCGAUUAUUUUAAUUUUU